CUCACUCUCCUAUCCCUGUUUUCUUCCCCUUCCAUUUCUGUGGUGACACCUAGACCUACCCAAAACCUAUACACAUCUCCAUGGCUAUCUCCAAAACAUCCCCCUCGCCCAAGAUGGUCAACCCAGGCAACCCCGACCUCCAAGUCUCCCUCCUCAAACCGGAAGAAGCAGAACAGUACAUGCACAUCCGACACGAAGUCUUCCGGCCAUCAGUCAACAACAUCCUUUACUCGCGCGGCGAGCCCUCACAAGAAACCCUCGCCCGCGUAACCGAGGAGAUCCGCGACGGAGUCGUAAACAAAGGCAUCUUGUAUCUGAAGUGCGUCGACACAACGACUGGGGAGAUUAUCGCGGGCGCAAGAUGGCGGUGCGUUAUGCCAAAGGAGGAGGGCGCGAGUGAGCGGACGUGGGAAGAGGUGGAUGAGGGGUUUGAGAGGAGCGAGCCGUAUGAUGAGAGUGAUCCGAAGUUGUUUCACGCUUUACACGAUCUCUUCAGCGAAAACAAGAGGGCGAUUCUGGGAACUCGGUCACACUACGUUCUCGAUACUUUGGUCACGCUGGCCAACCACGAGAGGAGAGGUGCUGGCAGUAUGCUCGUGCGCUGGGGCACCGAAAGAGCGGACGAGGCCGGCGUUGAAGCAUAUCUUGAGGCGAGUCCGAUGGGGGCGCCGAUGUAUGCGAGACAUGGUUUCGAGCCGGUCAAGAAGGUGGCGUUGGAUUUGAGGAAGUAUGAGGGGAAGGAGAUUAUGGAAUUCAUCCUUAUGAAAAGACCGGCCAAAGUGGGAACACCCUAAUAUGUUAGACGUCUACCGCGCAAUGCGAUAGAUCUGCCUCUCGGGACUUGAACUGCCUGAGUGCCACCUCUGCACAGUUCCACCGUCUCAAACUUACGAGCGAUUGGGUGCUACAUACCACGAAACCGUCGCGGUUAUACGCAUGCAUAGUUGUAGUUGCCAUCUCCAAUAAACGCUGCUGUACAGUGGGG